AUGGAAUACCAUUACAUUCUUGUAAACGAAGAGGACGACAGCGAAAAGGCCGACCGCAUAACGAUGUCAACGACCUUCUUCGGCACCGACGACGACGUCCAUCUAGAAACUGGUUUGUCUCGUAUGCGUGCGUUUUGUUACACACUACAAUGCUAUUUACUCGUCACAAAGGGAUUGUUUGAACAACCAAAGUUUUUCUUUGAUCGAUCAAAAACGACGACUGCUGAAGUUUCGUUCACUUCCCUUUGCCUCGACGUGCCUGAAAAGAGUAUUCACCACUCUCCCCCACAUCGUUACGUAUAA